CAACAUAGCAUGGCAGGUCAGCGGCCGAGCAUGGUUGCCGCGGCGGAGUACAGGGGCUCCCUCUUCCCCAAGCUGGGCAAGCUCCUCAAUGAGGAUUGCAGCAUGCCCAAGGUGGAACUCGAGUCUAUGGAGGAACAGCUGAAGCUAUUACUCGCAAAUUCGAACAUUAUAGGGGAUGUGGAGUUGAGGGAUCUGGAAGUGGAGAAGAGUGUGUGGUUAUGCCACACCAUGAAGCUGCUCUACGACGCAGAGAACCUCGUCGACUCCUUGUUGGUGCCAGCUGACGAGCCUGCCCCCGCCGCUGAGAACACCAGCAGUCCUCCUGAGAUGGCAGAUGCCAGAAUCAAAGAGAUCACAGAGCGUGGUUUAUCGCUAAUGUCGUUACUUCUCAAGGAAGGCUCCUACACACGGGCCCUGUACAAACAUGAGGAAGAGACAGAGCUCGUCGGCAUUGACGGGCCGAGGGAUGAGUUGAUCAAGAUGUUGGCGGCGGGAGAUGGCAUGCCAGAGGAAAAAAUGAGAAGUGUCUCCAUUGUCGGUAUUGGAGGAUCGGGGAAGACAACUCUUGCCCGAAUUGUAUACAAUCAGCUUAAACCGCAAUUCGAUUGCGGGGCUUUUGUUAGGGCCCCUGCUCAGGAGCCUGAUGACUUCCAAAAGGAUGCCCUGAAAGAUGCAUUUUUUAGGGAGAUGCUCUCUCAACUUGACGUGGAAAAUCAUAUGAACAUCAAGAGAAGUGUAUUUGGUUAUGGCAAGAUUAUUGAUGGAAUUAAACAAUUUCUUCAAAACAAGAGGUACCUUAUUGUAAUUGAUGAUACAUUGGACACGACUCAGUUCAGGGACAUCUUAAGUAUCUUGGAAAAUGACGUUUACGGCAGCAGAAUAAUUAGUACAUUUCGCAUUGAUACGAUUAAUAACAUGGGUUUGCCACUCUUGGAUGAUUCGGUCUAUGAAAUUAAGAGUCUUGGAUAUCUUGAUUCCAGGAAGUUGUUUCUAAAGCAUUUCUGUGUCUGCGAGUCUAGUUUCCCUCAUGCACCUAUGGACGCUUUAAAUCAAAUCUUGAAAAUGUGCGGUGGUAGACCUUCAGUAAUAAUAAGUAUUGCUUUGGUACUUGCUACCAGAGUAACCGCAACAAAGCAAUGGGAGGAGAUGCUGAAUUCUGUAUAUAGUGCUUGGAAGCAGAUGGCAAGUUUUGUAGAUUUUGAAUCUGAGCAUAAUCUAGAUUUUGGAGAAUUGAUACAAAUUGUAUUACUUCCCUACAGCCAUCUUCCCUGCUCUCUGAAGAAUUGUUUGCUGCACUUAGUUGUACAAGCUAAGACUCAAAUGAUUCAUAGGGCUACUAUGGUUAGGAAAUGGAUUGCGGAAGGAUUUAUUGACAAAUAUGGAGGGUGUAGUGAUGAAGAAUUAGCAAGCUGGUACUUUGACGAGCUCAUCGGCAGGAAUUUCAUUCAGCUGGUAGAAUCUGGUAAUCUGGGGGAAGAGAUAUAUGAAGUUAAUUAUAUGAUGCACAAUAUUCUUUGGAGGUUAUCACAAGAAGACAAUUUUGCUACUGUCUUUUCUGAUAGUUGUACUUCAAGGGAAUAUGCAAUGUCUUUACGCCUGUCCAUCCAAUGUUCUUGUUCAGAACAUUCAGUUUACACAUCAAGGAUGCAUAGAUAUAUUCAUUCGAUAACUGUUGUUGGCCCUGUAAAGUUCUAUGUAAAUACUAAUAUGUGGAGUCUACGGGUAUUGGAUCUAGAUGGCUGCAGAGAUCUGGACAACUCUGCCAUGGGUCAUAUAUGCUGCAUGAUCGAUCUCAGGUACUUGAGUCUCAAGCAUACUCAAGUCACUGAGAUCCCUCCAGUAAUUGGGAAAUUGCAAAAGCUGAAGACUCUGGAUAUAAGACAGACCGAAAUCAGUAAUCUCCCACCAGAAAUAGGGGAACUGCAAGAUCUGGAGACUCUGGAUGUAAGGCAGACACAAGUGAUAGGUCUGCAAAUGGGAAUUUUUCAGCUUCCCAAACUAGCACAUCUUUAUUAUGGUAAUAGUAGUUCCCCCCGAGAAGUAAAGUUGCCUAUGGGAACUGACCAGUGGAAGUCAUUAAAUGUGCUUGAUACUGUUGAUUCAAUAGAAGGGCCGGGAAGUGUCACGGACGAGACAAGUGAGCUUGCAGGAGUAAGAGAGUUUAAAGUAGUGUUGCAUGAUCAUCCUGCUGACAAGGACAAGAAUGAUAAGUUACUGUCUUCCAUAAGCAAGUACGAGAAUCUUGUAUCCCUAAUAGUUCAUGGUGACUACAAUCCGAGCGACGAACUUCCUGUAUCCACCAAAUUUCCUCUACUUGAGAGGCUGAAAGUGGCAGGAAGAUUUGUGAAAGUUCCACGGUGGCUUGAACAACUUACCACUCUGAAGCAGCUAUAUGUCAGAGUCUGUAAGCUAGACCGAGAUGAUCUGAAGAUACUUGGAGGUCUGCCGGUCCUGAGCACUCUCGCACUUGCACUGAUUUGCAUCCCCUGGAAAAAAGAAGUAACCAUCCCCAUCAGAUUGCACUCCAGCACAUGCACUGAUUUGCCUCCACUGGAAGAAACAUGUAAUAAAGGUUUUAUGAGCCUCGAGAUAUUCAGUUUUGACUGCCGUGUGCCAUGGAUCACCUUUGAGCUGGGAGCUAUGCCAAGACUGAAACAACUCCACCUGAAGCUCUAUGCUUGCCCAGCUGAUAAAUUUCCUUCACGUCUCAUCAACCUCGACAGUCUUGAGAUGAUUAUCAUCCAGUACUCUUCAGAAUAUGCAAGCAGUGGUGGUGUCACAAAAGCAGUUGCUGCCGUGAGAGAAGAGGCUUCCAGACAUGAUAAUUUGAUCAGACUUUGUGUUAACGGAAACAAUGAGGUUUUCCUAUCCAACAGCAGGGUUCAUGAAACAAAAACUGGUACUGAAACUAAAAAAGCUUCCAACCAAGGCAAUCUGGUCGAGCCUUCUGUCAAUGGAGACCGUGAGGUGUUGCUGUCCAACACCUGGGUUGAUGAAACCAGAAAUGGUACUGAAAUCGAAGAAUGCCACUAGCCUCCUCGCCACUAUGUUUUCAUUGAUGAUGGAAGCUUUACUCUCGGCCUCUGCACCAAGAUGCUGUCAGUCUCCGUUUCUUAUGCUGGCCAAUGUUUGUUUGCUUCGUUCAACUGGGACCUCUGCUUUCAUUCCUCGGCCAAAUUCGGAGCGUUGGCUUCAUGCUACCUUAUGUUGUCGAACUGUUUCUUCUCCUUUGUCAAAGUGAGAUGACGAUAAUACUCUUAUUUAUGGUUGUAAUAAGGCCUGGGCGAUGGGCAUUAGUUUGCACUGAUGGUGCUUUCGCCCAGCCAGUGAAUUAUCCUUUUAUCGUUUCCGUGUGCCAAUUUCCUGAAAGUAUCCUACUCUUUGGAAGACCCUUAUAUUGUAAUAAAACUUGUUGGAAGAUUGUAAUCAUUUUUAUUCUUCA